GACGGCGGCGCGAUGGACAGUCCCGAGGUCACCUUCACGCUGGCCUACCUGGUGUUCGCCGUGUGCUUCGUGUUCACCCCCACCGAGUUCCACUCGGCCGGGCUCACGGUGCAGAACCUGCUGUCGGGCUGGCUGGGCAGCGAAGACGCCGCCUUCGUGCCGUAUCACCUACGCCGCACGGCCGCCACGCUGCUGUGCCACUCGCUGCUGCCCCUCGGCUACUAUGUGGGCAUGUGCUUCGCAGCCUCAGAAAAGCAGCUCUACUACCCCAGCCAGACCCCGGAGACCUGGCGGGCCUUCCUCCUGCUAGCACUGAUGCUGCCCGCCAUCGCCUGCACCCUGAUCUACUACUGGUCCCGGGAACACUGGGCCCGCCACCCCCUGGCCCGCACCCUGGCCCUCUACGCCCUCCCACGGUCGGGCUGGCGGGCCGUGGCUUCCUCCGUGAACACGGAGUUCCGGCGGAUUGACAAGUUUGCCACGGGGGUGCCGGGGGCCCGUGUGAUCGUGACGGACACGUGGGUGAUGAAGGUGACCACGUACCGCGUGCACGUGGCCCAGCAGCAGGACGUGCACCUGACCGUGAUGGAGUCCCAGCAGCACGACCUCUCCCCAGACUCGCACCUGCCCGUGCAGCUCCUCACCAUCCGCGUGGCCAGUGCCAACCCCGCCGUGCCGGCCUUCGACAUCCGGCUGAACUCCACGGAGUAUGGUGAGCUGUGUGAGAAGCUCCGGGCGCCCAUCCGCAGCGCGGCCAACGUGGUCAUCCACCAGAGCCUGGGCGACCUCUUCCUGGAGACCUUUGCCUCCCUGGUGGAGGUCAACCCGGCCUACUCGGUCCCCAGCAGCCAGGACCUGGAGGCAUGCAUCGGCUGCAUGCAGACUCGGGCCGGCGUGAAGCUGGUGAAGACCUGCCAGGCGGCAGCCGUGGGCGAGUGCCAGCAAUGCCACUGCCGCCCCAUGUGGUGCCUCACCUGCAUGGGCAAGUGGUUCGCCAGCCGCCAGGACCCGCAGCGCCCCGACACCUGGCUGGCCAGCCGCGUGCCCUGCCCCACCUGCCGCGCGCGCUUCUGCAUCCUGGACGUGUGCGCCGUGCGCUGAGCCCCCUGGGGGGACCCUGUGGCCACCUCCAGGGGAGACGGGCCUCUGGGCCUUCCUCGGUGCUGCUGUGGGCAGCUCUUCGGUGAGGCGGCUCACUGGUGCCCCGAGGCUGUGGAAGGGCCUGGCUGCGGUUUCGGCAGAACCUUCCUGCUGAAGUUCUGUCCCUGGCAGUGGGGUGGUCUUCAGCACCUCUGCCUCCUUCACUCUGUUCUUCCGACUAGGGGUCAGUGCUGGGCACGCAGAACGUGGUGUCGGGUCCAUCUCCAGAGCAUUCUGGGGCCCCCGAGCUGUGUUCUAGGCGACCCCUUGGUCUGCCCCAGAUGACCCUAACCUAGCCAUUUGCCUUAAGUGUAUGGGGCACAAAAGUCAUAACUGCCUCUCAGUUAUACGACAGACCUGGAUUUGUCUACGACUGCAGUCUGUCAUGCUUCCGUUGCCAGGCUGGCCGCUGGCCCUGCAGCAUGGCAUGGAUGCCCUCCCCAUGAGGCCGCUCUGAGGACCCGGUGUAGAGCCUGGCGGUGGAGGGCACGAGCAUUGCCCAGGGCCUCCUGGUGACCGUGGCCAGCCGAGGGUGCCCUCCUGGGUGGAGUGGCCCCCAUCUGCCCCCUACCCAGGGACUCCUCGGGCUUUCCAUCGGGUUGUUUUCACCUGCCUUUCCCUUAGCCGAGUGCAUGUGGGGCUGCCCACCCCUUUGAGGGGCCUGUGACCACGUGCCUUUUGGUGCUCCCACAAGUCCAGGGAAUGGGCUGUCUCAGACUUCUGGUUGCCCGGGAACAUCUUGUGUCCAGACAGCAAGAUUGUGGGGACCUAGCACGAGGCCCCCCACAGGCCCACCCGCUUCAGAAGGGAAGUGCCCAGCAGUCAAGGCGAUGACAGCCGUCUUCCCCAAUCUUGGUGGUGAGGUGGGGGGCAGGGAGGAAAGUGCUGGGCUCCUGGGUACAGCUCUGAAUGUGGCUGUUAGAGGGGCCCUAAGCCUCCUAAACUUGGUCCUGCUAAGCAGGUUAGAUGGAAUCAACUCCACCAAGGCUGCACUGAGCCCAGGGAUUUGGAAGUGAGCAAGCCCAGAUUCGUGGUCUUCCUGGGUCACCCACAGGGGACAGCCAUCAGAAGGGCAGCCAGGAGCCAUGCCCGGCCUCAGCCUGAAAUUUCAAACUCUGGCAAGGGAGAGCCAGGCCUGGGGUUGUCUUUUCUACAAGAGAUGGUUACUUAGUUUUAUAAAGAUACACCUAUUGUAGCAAAGUGGUAUGCUAUUGAAUAAAAUGUUAGUAUGAAGUUA